GUGCUUCCCAAUUCUCUCCAGGCUCUGAAUAGUUGCCUCAUAAAAGUGAAAUAUAUUUCAAGUUGAAUUCAUAUCCAGUAUAUUUAAUUGAAACAGUUUCUUUACAAUAGAAUAGAGAUAUUUUUUUUUUACUUCUAUCUCUUUUUACAGGCCAUUUCUUUUACUUUCCAGUCUAGCUACAGUCCCAUUUCUUUUGGCGUAUCAGGAACAUAUUUGGCUAUGUACAUGAGAGUUUCUGAUGACUGUGCCCAAAGAUUUCCCUAUAUUUCAGCAUCAUUCUCUGGGAAUUGUACUAGCAGCUACUCCAGCUUUUACCCAUCUGUCUGAAACUGAUAGAAUGAAUCAGAUCUCCCUGAUAGCUGAUGAAGUCCUGGGAGAAACACAGAGGCAAAAUGCCAAGAUUGGGGUCUGAGAACCUCACUUCAGAAACAGGAUUCAUCCUCUUGGGACUCACCUCUCAUCGAAAAGAACAAAUUCUGCUCUUUGCGAUCUUCCUAACAAUCUACUUGCUCACAAUUUUGGGUAACCUGCUAAUCAUCCUAUUGGUAAACACUGAUGUUCAACUGCACACACCUAUGUAUUUCUUUCUCAGCCACCUUGCAGGCCUGGAUAUUGUGUAUGUCACUACCACUUUGCCUCAGACUUUAGCCCAUCUCUUGGCUGGAAAAGGUGUGCUGUCCUUGACACGUUGCAUGUUACAGGGAGGUAGUGCUCUGAGCUUGGGGAGUACUGAAUGUUUGCUGUUGGGUGUCAUGGCUUAUGAUCGCUACUUGGCCAUCUGCAACCCCUUGAGAUAUAUCUCUGCCAUGGACAAAAAGCACCAACAUCUGCUUGCCACCUCCUGCUGGAUCAUAGCUGGUGUCUUCUCGAUGGUCAAUGUUGUUUUUAUCCUUCACCAUUCCUUCUGUGGUCCUAAUCAUAUUAACCACUUUUUCUGUGAGCUGCAUUUUUUGCUAGAUCUUGCAUGUGAUGAUAUAAAAGUCACCAAAGCCAUUUUCAAUGGUCUGUCAGCAUUUAUUGUUCUGGUUCCCUUUGGGGUCAUCUUGUGUUCCUAUAGUUGCAUCCUGUAUUCCAUUUGUCAAAUGCAGUCCACUACAAGAUGGCAGAAAGCUUUCUCCACCUGUGGCUCCCAUCUUGUUGUGGUCUCUUUGUUCUAUGGCACUAUCAUGUCUAUAUACAUAAUCCCUCAAUCAAGCUCAUUUCCUGACAGAAACAAAAACAUUGCAGUUAUGUAUCUUGUGGUCACUCCCCUCCUUAACCCCAUCAUUUACACUUUGCGGAAUAAGGAUGUCCACAGGGCUGUGGUCAAAGUAUGGAAAAGAAGGAACUUUGAAGGAAAACUAUGAACAUUCUUCUCUUGUUGAAUUCAUCUAUUUUGACUUAAAGGCUAUUAUUUAAGGUCAAUAUCAAUAUUUUACUAAAAUGAUUUAGCUGUUCAUCUGUGAGUAGUUUCUGAAACAUCAGACAUGAUUAUCACCUAACUGGAAUGCAAUUUUAUUCUGAUUCCUCUAACAUCGUUCAAAUGAAGGCUUGGAACAAAAAGCAGAAGGAUCUCAAUCUUUUUUUAAUUAUUGAAAACCCGCUGCAAAAAAAGCACCGUAGAACCCUGUAUGCUGAUAGUUUUCUGUAGAGGUAAAAAAAAUGGGACAAUAUUAGGACAAAUUUUCAAGCAAAUUUUCUUAGUUUGGUUUGAAACUCACAAGAAAUAGCAUAAUUGUGCAAGGAAUGUAGCUUUCUCAGCAGCCAAUGUAACCUAAUGCUAGUAUCUUGGUGUAAAACACUGUAGCACAAUGUGGUAUCAACAAUAGAAAUCAAGUACUUCUCCUUUAUACUGUUUAACAGAAAAAAAGGUUGUCUGUGAAAGAUAACCCUUGGAAAUGCUGAAUCGGAAUUGCAAUAGAAAUUGUUGAAGGGUAUGUCUAAAAUUCUCCAGAAAUCCAAUAUCAGUUUAAUUAACUCUGGAAAUGAAAAAAAGAUAAUGAGGAAGAAGAUGAAGAUUUAUAACCAAAUCCAACCACACACAAAAAUGUAUUGAACAAUAAUGUAAAAGGUACACUCACACAAUUUUGCUCAGUAAACAUAUACCUUUGCAGUUAAAACAACUGCAUGCCCAAAAUUUAAAUUGGAACCAUCUAAAACUCAAGCAGUUAGUUCUCAAAAAUUGCCUAGAGGUUAACUCAUCUCUCUUUCUUCACAGAAUGAAAUCCAGUAUCAGUUUAAAUCUGGAAAUGAAAAAAAAGACAGUGAGGAAGAAGAUGAGGAAGAUUUACAACCAAAUCAAAAAAUUAACAAUACUGUCCUGAACAAUAAUAUAAAUGAUACACUCACACAAUUUUUCUGUGUAUGCUUAUAGACAUAUACUAUUGCAGUUAAAACCGUUGUAUGCCCAAAAUGUAAGAUUUAAAUUGGGGCCAUCUAAAAUUCAAGCAGUUAGUUCAUAAAGACCAAGAUGUUAUCUCAUCUCACUUUUUUCAGUGAAGGAUAUUUUACAAUUCAUCUUCUAAAUCUUAUGCUUACUGACAUUCUUAAUCAGGGAUCUCCCUAAAUUUAUGGAAAGUUUUUGCUAACCAGUAUUGAGGCAGAGCGUUGCAUGACAAUAUAGCUGGACCAGACAGGCUGACAUGUUAAGGGAAAGGGAUGUUAAAUUGGAACACCAAAUUCUUCUAUCAGCCUCUACUUCAUUGAGUCUGUUGUAAUGGGAACAUUGAGAUGGAAGGAGAAUUUGAACUUCUCCUGUCCACUGUUAAAAGCAAGGAAUCCAAAAUAUAUUUCACAGUAGCAAUCCAGUUUGUGUUAAUCAAUCUAUAACAAAGGAGAGUCCAUCACCUUCUGGAGCAGAAAUUGAUUUUCAUCCAAUUCUAAUAGGGAGAAAAUUUUGGAGGUUGGAAAUAUGCUGUUUUGUUUCCAUGAUUUUCCUUCUACCAAGGAAAACUAUUCUAUUCAUGAUUUCCAAAGAGCUCAACCUCUGAUAAUGUCCCAGUACUCAAUCCAUAGCCUGCAGAAGUCUAUCUUAAGGUGACUUUUUAUAAACCUAAUGCAGAUUUCCUUCAUCCUAACUUUAUAUAUAUACAUGGUAUGCUACAUAUUGUAAAUAUGUAUAUUUUAAACUGUGCAGAGUUACCUUGUGGUAAGAUGGAGGGUUUCAAUAAAUUUAAUAAAAUACAU